ACAUCCUUGCUUACGUCUGGCACAAAAGAGUUCCGCAUUCCGGAGCCCUCCCUGAUACCGAUCCCGUAUUUAAACGGGCUGAUGCAACGAACAGGCAUCUUAGAUCGAGUGGUGACCCAAACAAACAGUCAUUUCGGAUUCCGGACCAGAAUCAGCAGUGGCUGUGGCCGGACCUGACAUGAUGCCAGGACAGAUCCCUGACCCCUCGCUGACGGCCGGCUCCCUCCCCAGCCUGGGCCCGCUGGCCGGGAUCUCAGCCACCACGCUCACUGACCAGCUCAAGUUCUCCGAGCUGUGCAGCCUGGGUGCCAUGCUCUCGCCACUGCACUUCCUCGCCAGGCACGGGAAGAGAUCGCUGGUCCUCAAGGAUGAGAUGGAAGAAGAGGAAGAGAGGAGGAAGCGAAGACGAGAGAAAAACAAAGUUGCAGCGGCCCGAUGUCGAAACAAAAAGAAGGAGAGAACGGACUUCCUUCAAAAAGAGUCGGAGCGCCUGGAGGUGGUCAACUCGGAGCUGAAGGCCCAGAUCGAGGAGCUGAAGGUGGAGCGCCAGCAGCUCAUCCACAUGCUCAACCUCCACCGGCCCACGUGCAUCGUGCGGACGGACAGCAUCAAGACGCCCGAGAGCGAAGCCAACCCACUCCUCGAGCAGCUCAAGGAGAAGUGAAGUGGGGGAGAAACACACACAGAAACAGGGACAGAGAAACACAAAUAGGACAGAGGGUGAACUUUUUUGUCGAAAGCAAACAAACCCAGAACUAUUCCUACGUUGUGGUGGCAAUGAUCAUACUGACAGUAUAAGCCAAUGGCCGGAGAGAAACCUUGGCGGGAGGACCAGCCGUGGGCUUGGAAUGAAAUCACCUCCCUCCAGGAUGCGCACAGCCAAGAAGCAGCCUUUCAAGUCUCCAUUGAUACUCUUUUUGUGGACGUCUAGUGCCUCAGCAAUAUGGCUGUCAAACGUUACCAAGAGGGGAAAGGCAAGCGGUCUCAAAAUGUAGUUGGGGAAACAGCACAGUGUGAGGUUCUAGUGCUGGCAUGUAGGCCUGUGAAUAGGUUAUGUCAUUCUUUUUUAUUUAAGGGUACAUACCAUGGUAGCAUCUUUCAAACUGGUCUAUGUCAAGCAGGAGGAAAGUACAGCAAAUGUAUACAGUUAGUAUACAUUGUUGUCAGUUUUUUUACAUAAGUUUGCCUUUAUAGUCUCCGGUAGACCAGAUUAAUGAGGACGCAGGCGUCAUGAAAGCACAUACGUAAUAAAUAAACAUAGAUAUAUUUACAUAAUGUUUACACUUUUUUGUUUUGUUUGUUUUUUUUGCAUUGUACUCACAAUUUAUCAGUGUAAUUCUUUUAUACUGCUAUGUAUGAAUGUUACAAUAUAAACUGUCACUUGAUGUGAUGCAAUAAGAAUCUUUUUUUACUUCUAGUUUGGUGUGCUGGUCAUAGCAGUGCUGAAUGAGUGAUGCGAGUAAAAUUUUUUAAACCACUCCCAGAAGUGGCCAUCAUCUCUUUAUUUGUUGUUGAUAAAUAGUAUUAUAUUGUAUGUAUUUUUCAUUAAACUCAAACCAUAUUCAAAAUAA